AUGAAUCUGGUCAACGCCGCCCUUGACUUUUUCAUGCCGCCGGCUAGCUUGCUGAUGCUGGCCUUUGCAUGGCCGACUCUGUUUUUGGUCAACGCGGGCGAGAGGAUUUACAAGAGUUACUACGACAGUGAAAACAUGGACAGCAAAGUGGUGCUCAUCACUGGUGCCUCCUCUGGCAUUGGAGAGCAAAUCGCGUAUCAAUACGCACAGCGGGGAGCAAAUCUAGUGCUCGUUGCACGAAGGGAAAACAGGCUGAGAGUAAUAAGCGAGAACGCGAGGCAUUUGGGGGCUCCCAAUGUGUUGAUAAUGGCUACUGAUGUUGUCAAGGAAGAUGAAUGUAGGAGAUUCGUAAAUGAGACAAUCAGCUAUUUUGGACGUUUGGAUCAUCUAGUGAAUACUGUGAGUCUAGGGCAUACCUUCUACUUCGAGGAAGCUAAUGAUUCGAGCGUGUUCCCCCUUUUAAUGGAUAUAAAUUUCUGGGGUAAUGUGUACCCGACUUAUGUGGCGCUACCUUAUUUGCGGGAGAGUAAUGGGCGUAUCAUAGUGAAUGCUUCAGUCGAGAACUGGUUGCCCCUUCCUAGGAUGAGCUUGUACUCUGCUGCGAAAUCGGCACUGAUGACGUUGAGGUUUGAAGUGAAAGAUGAGGUCGGGAUAACUGUAGCAACCCAUGGUUGGAUCGGAACUGAGAUUGCUGGCGGCAAGUUUAUGGUCGAAGAAGGUGCUGAGAUGCAGUGGAAAGAGGAACGGGAAGUACACGUGUCGGGUGGCGCGGUGGACGAGUUUGCAAAGCUGAUAGUGGCGGGGGCAUGCAGGGGGGACCCGUACGUGAAGUACCCGAGCUGGUACGACAUAUUCUUCAUGUAUCGAGUUUUUGCUCCGAAAGUUCUCUACUGGACCUUCCGGUUCCUCCUAACUAACGGCGGUGUGAAAAGAGCGACUUCGUAUAUUGGCACCGGGCGGCCGCUCAUAGAGGCGGCUGACGCCGCCUCUCCUCCCCGGAAACACCUCUAUCUGGAGGCGGCAUCUCCGCCUCGGAGCUUCUAUGGGAGCCCACUGACUUCCUCACAAGGGUCUUACCAGAGGAAAUAG